CUCUCCCUCUCUCUUUAAAUUCUUAAGCCUGCGCUGAAAUCGAUGCUGAGUUACAGCCUCUCCUGACACCGCACAUUCUAGGCGGUACACCCGUUGAACUUGGCGAAUAUCCGCAUAUGGUGGCGAUUGGACUGAGCACUACAGAUGAUGAUAUCGAAUACAAUUGUGGUGGUACUUUGAUUGCGAAACGUUUCGUUUUGACUGCAGCUCAUUGUUUGGUGACGCGUCAGAAACCGGUAACGGUGCGUAUGGGGGUAGUCAAUUUCACUGAUACUGAACAAAUGAAGGACGUUGUAGAGAUUAGAAUCAAGAAAAUUCACGUGCAUCCGGAAUACUCGAGCGCCAGCGUAUACAACGACAUUGGAUUGCUUGAAUUGGAAUCGGAUGUCGUUUACACGACCAAUGUAUAUCCGACGUGUCUUUAUACCGAACCAGAAGAUCCGUCAGCCAGCUCUGUACUUUAUGUCUCCGGUUGGGGUGUAAUCAAUAAGAGAACUCGUGAAAAGUCCAAUAUUUUGCUUAAGGCACGCCAGACUAUCGUCGAAAACCAAAGAUGUAAUGAAAGCUAUGUGGACAAUGGCUUGACACGUAGAAUCAGCGUUGGCAUUAUAAGCAGUCAGAUGUGUGCUCAUGAUCCUGGCCUUACCAAGGAUGCAUGCCAGGGUGAUUCGGGUGGUCCAUUGAUUUUGGUAGUGGACGAGGCGUUGAGUAAAUUUCGUGUGGUUGGCGUGAUUUCGGCUGGCUUCAGUUGCGGUAGCACCACUCCUGGCCUUUAUACGCGUGUGUCUGCAUUUCUCGACUAUAUUGAGAGUGUCGCUUGGCCCAGUGGUUGAAUUUGUUGCCAUAUACAUAUGUAUGUAUUUCAGGGUUGAUUGAAUUAGUAGUAGAAGAUAAGAUGACUAUGGACCACCGAAUUUCAUGCUUAAAGGACUGAAUUGUUAAUUAAUAUGAGACCAUAAUUUAAGCUUGAUUGAAUAAAAAAAUUGUAAAGUAAUUAAAUUAAGGACCGUACUACACUC